AUGUUGACGAAACUCUCAAUUAGACAGCGAGCACUCGCGUAUAGCUCGUAUAUGUAGCCGAGCCCCUCUAUACCCUUGCAAGUUCCGUAUUAGUAUCUACAGAUGGCUACACUGCUUCAUAUAAAUAGUUUACCGGCGGUAUUCACUAUCAGGAGACACUUAACACUUUUACUAAUUUAUUUCUUCUCCUUCUCCACCAGUAAGAAAACAAAAGUUGUGAAAAGCGCGAAAAGGGAUAUUCAAUAUGGCGGCCAACGUGAACAUCUCUACUUUCACGAUAUUCAACAACUUACCGCAUGAGCUACGUCUACUCAUUUGGGAAUACGCUCUUCCCGAGGACAUCCCAGAAGUAUGUAUCCCGUGGCCUCUAGAAGAAGUGAAGCUAUCCUACGGUCCCAAUACCUCUUCUCACAUUCCUACCUCACAACAACCUACAUACCUCCCCUUCCUCGUAGACACAGGCUUCCCCAAAUUAAUGCACGUUUGCCACGAGUCGCGCGAGGUCACCAUAUCACACACGCGGUUCCGCUACUCGCCCAUCGCCGGUUGUCCCGUCCCAUUCCGCGCUUUUCGACCGGAUCUCGAUAUCUUGUACAUAACCGUAUGCCGAUCUCCUGGGGGUGAGGACAUUGGGCCGCGCUGGGGUGUGUAUCCCCCGGGGACUAGACAUAUCGCUCUCGAUUUGCAUUCGAUUAAAGACGGCACCGAGUUAUGGAGAUUGCUGGGCCACCCAGAUCUCGACGUGCGAACUCUGCGCUGCGUGUUACCUGCAAUCGACCGCACGGCCUUGACUACAGGAGACCGCUUCCGCCCGCCGGUUCGUCGGUGCCGGCUUGGAAUCGAGGUAAAUCCGCCUGCCGAGUCCCAAAAUUCGUAUGGUGAAUACGGUAAUGCCGUGUUCGUGGACCAUGGAUUUGAUAAUAAGGUGAUGGUCGGUCUAGGGCAAUACUUUGAGAAUAUACAGGAGAAUGCGGGUCUAGACCCCUCCGAGUUCACGUGGGAUCCAUUCACAACUAUUCCCCCUGAAUAUAGACGUCGGUGGGAUCCAGAGAGGAAACGAUAUGAUGUCGAGUUCCAUCUACAGGCGUUCGUGGAGUGGCGCGGCAAAGAGUGGGUUCUGAGUUCAGAGCAUUUGGUAUGCUUUGAGCAUCAAUUCAAUGAAGCUAUCCCGCCAUACUCGAUCAUUAAGUUUAAUGAAAUCGAGCCGUAUCGUGUGAGCGAAGAGGAGAUGUGGACGCCAUUGAGGAAUCCGGAGAUGUUUCGGGUUAAUGAUAUUCAACAAAAUGAGGUGCCGGUCGAAUGGCGAUAAGAGGGAAGAAAUGUGUGGACUCGAUUUCUUAACAUAUGAUAUUAGGAUUAUUCAACUACUCCUAUUUGGCAUAUUCUUUGCAUUACUUUCAUACGGCUUGAAUAGG